ACAUAUAGCUGGGGCCAGAUGUAAGCAGAAAGUUAGGUCUUGCAGUCAUAUAGGACCAUUGUCCUAAUAACUUACGAUAGACUCUGGAGCUUGGUAAGUGAAAAGGAGCUAGGAAUGUAUAAUUAAAUCCGUUGGAUCAGUAUUCAUUAUAGGAAGGAAUGAGAAGAUGUUUGAAUUGAUUCUUUUAUAUUUUCUGUUCCUAGAAGUAGAAUGCAUUUUUAGUAAUAUUUUGAUUUUGCUUAUUUUAUUCCUCUUCUUAUUCACUCUUUUGAAAUAAAUGGAGUGUGCCCGAUGUGACAUUCACUCAGAAAGUACCUUGCUUUCCUUUCAGAGAAAGUGAAUUUUACAAAUUAUUUUUGUUUCCCCUACAAUUGAUUUUCUUCUAUACCAUUAAAAGACCAUUUCUAUUCUUCUUUCUUGGGUAUUACAUUUGUACUUAAUAUACAAAUUAAUUAUAUUAAUCAUUGUGUUUGAGCAGUGUUGUUAGGCUAAAAGGGACUUUGGGCUUGGGGUAACUCUUCCUGGGUCUGGAUUAACAUCCAGAACUCCAGGAGUUCCCACUGCUCUGAGCUAGUGCCUCCCUUUCCAACCAACUAAUGACUUCUGAAAUAAUCCUAGGUGUUUUUUGUUUGUUAUUGUUUGUUUGUUUUUCUGCCACUGUGGACUAAGAGCAUAAAUGCUGCCUUAGUAAGAGAGGUUAAAGAAGCAAUAGGUUUCAUCUUUCCUUAGCCUGACUGGCCUUUGGUGAGUUUGGGUGUGUUGACAGAAUAAAUACUGAGCCAUCUUGGCAGACAAGGAAGGUCAGAAAGAGAGAAGUCCAUGGGCAGGGGGCCAGGUCCCUCCUUGCCUCGUUAGGGAGAAUUCAGCGUUGUCUGUCUGGUUGGCAGGGUAUACCUAAUCACAGAGACGCAGCAUUUCAGCAGUUUGCAAAGGAAAGUGAUACGAAGGGACAGCUGCAAGUCAGCCACAGCUUAGAUCUGAGGAGAUCAAGCAUUCGCUUCAUUUGGAAGAAAGAGAGAAGGAAGGAAGCCUAGGGCUUAGCAGGUCCCCAGGUAUCAGUGGACAGCCAUGGCUCCAAGAUCUCGGAAGCGAAGGCACAAGAAACCCCCUUCAUCAGUGGCUCCCAUGGUUGUGACCCCAUCCACAGUUGUGACCCCUGUGCCUCUGACCCUCUCAAAACCUGACCCUAGCAUUGAUGCGCUUGGCUUCUUCUCCUUGGAAAAUAAUGUUCCUGGCCUAUCUCAGCUAAUCCUUCAAAAGCUAAGCAUGAAAAGCUAUGAAGAAUACAAGUUGGUGCUAGAUGGGGGUGCUUCUGUAUCAGGCUUUGGAUUUCGAUGCCCUCAAGAAAUGUUCCAGAAGAUGGAGGACACAUUCCGAUUCUGUGCUCACUGUAGAGCUCUCCCUAGUGGUCUUUCAGACUCCAAGGUCUUACGGCAGUGCAAAAGGUGCAGAAAUGUGUAUUACUGUGGUCCAGAGUGCCAGAGGUCAGACUGGCCAGCACACAGGAAGGUUUGUCAAGAGCUGCGUCUUGUAGCUGUGGACCGUCUCAUGGAAUGGCUCCUAGUCACAGGUGCUUUUGUCCUACCUUCAGGGCCUUGGCCAUGCCUGGCUGAAGCUGUACAGGGCUGGGAUACCUGGUUUUCUAUGCGGCAUUUACAGCUAGAUGCUACACUGGAUGCUGUGCUAGGUAGUCAUGCCAUGACCACCCUGUGGGCCAGCGUAGGACGGCCAAGGCCAGACCCAGAUGUCUUGCAGGGCUCUUUGAAGCGGCUGCUGACAGAUGCCCUCUCACGACCCUUGACACUGGGCCUUGGGCUUCGGGCCUUGGGGAUAAAUGUUGGGAAGAUUGGGGGAAGCACAGUGCAUGUGGUUGGUGCUUCCCACGUGGAGACAUUCCUCACUCGCCCUGAGGACUAUGAUGAGCUUGGCUACAUGUUUCCUGGACACCUUGGCCUCCGUGUGAUCAUGGUGGGUAUAGACGUAUCUGCUGGCUUUACACAGAACCCCUCAACUCCCAUCCUGGAACCUGGCACAGUUCAGCUUAGUGGCCAUAGAGGCCUCUAUCAUGACUUCUGGGAGGAGGAGGUAGAGACUGGGCGGAUAGCCCAUCCAGAUUUGGUGGUGACAUUCCAUCCAGGUUUCCAUGCUUCCCCAGACUUAAUGGAGGCUUGGCUGCCCACCCUCUUGCUACUUCGUGAUUAUGAGAUCCCUACAUUGAUCACUGUUUACAGCCAUCAGGAAUUGGCAGCCUCAUUACAGAUUCUGGUGGACUUGGAUACAAACAUCACCGCCUAUGGAGCUAACCCUUUUGCAUCCCUCAAACCUGAACAGGUCUAUUCCAACCCCAACAAGCAGCCAGUAUACUGCAAUGCCUAUUAUAUCAUCUUUCUUGGAAGUUCCUGCCAGUUGGAUAGGAGGCAACUGGAAGAAAAAGUAGAUGGUGGAGUUUAAAUAGCUGACCCAGAUCCUGCCUGGAUUUCUAGAAAAUGGGGAGGUUGUAAUGAAAUUACUCUGCUGAUGUCAGGUUGUUGCUGACUUUGAAAUCCACUAUGUCCUAAACCUCAUUCACUUGUCCA